AUGAAGGACAUCAAAGCAAAACUUAAUCUCAAGCCGGAUGCUGUGCCAAAAUUUUGUAAGUCCCGACCCGUACCUUACGCAAUCCGACCUAAAGUGGAGGCAGAGAUCAAUCGUUUAGUUGAGGAGAAUGUGUUGACCAAAGUAACCUACAGUGAAUGGGCGACUCCAAUUGUUCCGGUUAUUAAGAAAGACGGUUCCGUCCGUAUAUGUGGCGAUUUUAAGGGAACAGUCAACCCGCGACUGGAAGUUGACCAGUACCCGUUACCAAAAACCAGAGAUAUAUUCGCAUCACUUGUCGGUGGUCAAAAAUUUUCAAAACUAGACUUACAACACGCAUACCUUCAAAUGGAAGUGUGUGAGGAAUCAAAACCGAUUUUGACGGUUAACACUGAGAAAGGUCUGUAUCAGUUCAACAGACUGGUGUAUGGCAUUGCAUCGGCACCAGCAAUUUGGCAACGUGCCAUGGAUACUGUGCUACAGGGAAUCCCUGGAACCCAAUGCAUCAUUGACGACAUGUUGAUCACAGGAGACUCUGAUAAGGAGCACCUAAGAAACCUCAAGGCUGUUCUAGAACGUCUAGACCAGUAUGGUUUGCGCCUCAAGAAGGAAAAAUGCGAGUUUUUCAAAACAAAGGUCUCAUUCUGUGGACAUGAGAUAGAUGCCGAGGGACUACAUAAGUCAGAAACGAAAGUAAAAGCGAUGAAUGAGGCACCAGCGCCCCGGGAUGUGUCAGAACUUAGAGCAUUUCUUGGGCUCGUAAACUACUACGGAAGAUUCAUUCCGAAUCUGGCAGCUGUCCUGCAUCCUCUACACGAACUCUUACAGAAGGACCACAAGUGGCACUGGAGUGAAUCGUGUCAGGCAGCAUUUGCGGAGGUCAAAGGCCUUGUGACGUCAAAGGAAGUCCUCACGCACUACGACCCAGAGAAACCUGUCAGACUAGCAUGCGACGCAUCUCCUAAAGGACUGGGAGCUGUACUUUCGCACGUCAUGAACGAUGGAAGUGAGAGACCUAUUGCUUAUGCUUCGAGAUCGCUCAACAAAGCCGAGCGAAACUACUCACAAAUAGACAAAGAAGCAUUAGGACUAGUCUGGGGAGUGAAGUACUUCUAUAACUACAUUUUCGGAAGGAAGUUCACACUGAUAACUGACCAUAAGCCGUUAGUUUCGAUCUUCAAACCCGACAAGAGCAUCCCAGGGAUGACCGCAGCUCGUAUGCAGAGAUACGCAUUGUUUCUAUCAGGUGUACACUAUGACAUUGAAUACAAAAGCACUACAGCACAUGGAAACGCUGAUUGCUUAUCGCGUCUACCGCUAACGACACAAGGAAGUGGAGAUGAUGAAGAUGACGAAAAGGCUCUCCACUCACUGCAUGUUUCGCAGUUAGAACACUUACCUGUUACCGAAACUCAGGUUCGACGAGAAACAGCUCGCGAUCCGACUAUGAGUCGAGUACUCAACGCAGCGCAAUAUGGCUGGAAAGAAUUCCCCGACGAGGAACUGAAAAUGAAACCCUACACCAGGAGGAGUUCAGGAAUCACAUUACAUGAAGGAUGCCUACUAUGGGGCAUGAGAGUCAUCAUACCACCCAAACUACGGGACGACGUUCUACGAGAACUUCAUGAGGGACAUAUUGGGGUGGUACGCAUGAAAGCACUAGCUCGAAGCUACGUGUGGUGGCCCGGUAUAGAUGAGGCUAUUGAAAACAUUGGCAAAAGUUGUGCAGGUUGCCAGGAGGCACCACCUAGAGCACCACUCCAUCCAUGGGAGUGGCCAUCAACACCUUGGGAAAGGAUCCAUAUAGACUUUGCUGGACCGUUUAUGGACUCUAUGUUCUUGAUCGUUGUUGAUGCUCAUUCGAAAUGGCCAGAAGUAGUUCCCAUGCGAAAUACGACAGCAGAGAAAACAGUAGAUGUUCUAAGGAACAUAUUCGCUAGGAACGGAGUACCGCGCCAAGUUGUUAGUAAUAAUGGCCCACAGUUUGUGUCCGAGCACUUCAAAAACUUCAUGAAAUUGAACGGGGUCAAACACAUUACAUCAGCGCCCUACCAUCCGAGUAGCAAUGGGCUCGCGGAACGUUUUGUACAAACCUGCAAGGUAGCUAUGAUGUCUAGCAGGAAAGACGGCGGCUCAUCACAGAAGAAUCUCGCAAAGUUUCUUCUCGCAUAUCGAAACUCGCCUCAUGCUACGACCAGCUAUUUAUGGGAAGAUAUCUGA